AUGAUGAAUGCAGUAAUAGACAAAAACAAAAUCGUGUGCGGUGUUCAAAAGAUUUGAAAAUUUUGUUUUAAUAGUUUAAUACAUUAUUAUUGUGUAAUAAAUAUGUUUAGUCAAUACAUUAACAUGGUAAAGCAUUGAUUCACAUGGAUAUCAAAGGAUGUUUCAAGAGGCAUUCAAAUAUUACAAAGCGCGAAACCCACCACCUAGUUUAGAUAACGUAAUAGAUUUGUGUUCGAGCGGACUAGAUCAUCGAUUAAAGAUCAUAUCUCCUAACACUACACGAGAUGACCAAUAUGCUGGCUUAAUUCCCACGAAACAAUGGCACAUUUAUGAAUUGGUUGAUCGUCCAGGUCUUAUUCUUAUCGCAAAUCCGUUCACCAAAUGUGCCCAACGACAUUGGAUGGCUCGAAGUAUUCUUGACUAUCCGAAACAUCCUAAUAGAACCAAUCUUCCCGAAACCAUUAUUGACAAGUACGGCUCAUACUCCAACGAUGAUCGGGAGCAUUUCGAUUGGUGGUCCGUGGCUCAAUCAAUCGAAGAUUCGGCAGAACGUGCCAAACUAUGGAAAGCUUUGCGCUGGACCACCCUAGGAUAUCAUUACGAUUGGACGAACAAAGUCUACGACGAAGCCGCGAGGAGUGAGUUUCCUCCGGAUUUGGCAGAACUUUGUCGACAUUUUGCUGAAUCAUUGGGAUUCCACUGCUUUCGGCCGGAAGCGGCCAUCGUUAAUUACUAUCCCACCGGAAGUACCCUUGCAGGUCAUACGGAUCACUCGGAGAAAAACUUGGAGGCACCAUUGUUUUCAUUCAGCUUUGGCCAACCGGCAAUUUUCCUGAUCGGUGGCCCUAGUCGGGACGAGAAACCGGAUGCACUGUUGCUGCGGAGCGGCGACGUUAUCGUUAUGACCCGGGAAAGUCGGCUGUGCUAUCAUGCGGUGCCAAAAGUUUUCCCUUGUCGUGAAUCGAGCCUGCAGCGAUGGGCGGAACCGGAAGGUGAGGAUGCGGCAGGGCUGGCAACGGAAGAGGUUCCUCCGGUGGCGAAUGCUUCUAUUCGAAGCGAAUACCAUCGAAACCGGUAUUGGCGAAGCACCGGCAACGGUUUCGCUGAUUACAUUAGUAAUAGCCGUAUCAACAUCAAUAUUAGACAAGUUCUAAAUGAGGGGGAAAAUCAUUUGUAAAUUGAUGAGAGGUUCCUGCAAUGUGGUCGUAAUUUUACUGAUUUGGGAUUCUAUUAAACUUUAAAUGUUUGGUUGCGGCCAAAGUUGAAUA